AUGCGAUCUAUUAUCACCUUUCUCCUCACUCUCUGCGUCGCCUUGACCGUUGUCCAAGCAGGUGAGCCACAUUCCACUCCGUCUUGGGAGAACCUCUUCCGCUGUCCGCUUCUAGAAGGGAGCCCAGGAGCCUCGAGGAGACCCAACGGCCGGACUUCCCAGUCUCCUCCUCCGACGAAACACUUUGUUCUUUGAAGAGUCUAGAACCUUUCCCCCUCCUCAUCGACUCCUUUGACUGACAGCCCUUGUGUUCCCUCAAUUAACCUCCGUCACUGCAGCUUGCCCAGUCGGAACGACGCUGAAGAAGAGCAAGAGCGUGUCGAGCGCGUCGACUGAUUCGGUCGUCGCUCAGGUGUUCAAGUACGGCCCUAGGGCCGCAAGAGCUGCGGCUGGUUCGAAUAGUCCGCUCAAGAGGGGGAUGAGGAUUUAUAUUUGA